AUGAUCUCUUCUUCGAUAUGCCGUAUGGCACGAACGCCCACGGCCACUCUUCCCGCUGUGACGCCACGCCCAUCCGCCAUUGUUCUCGCGAAUUCCGCGAGUACCCUGUCCGCUCCACGAUACCACCAGCGACGAUAUUCGUCUUCAAAACCCCCCGUACCCCCAAGUGAUGGAUCAAGAGGCAUCGAUGCUCCUUCGCACGCGCCCACGAAAAGCGUGAACCCAUCGAAGAAGGACGAUGCUGAGAAACGGCCGAAGCGCCGUGCGAAGGAAAUUAAGUCAAAGAUAGAACCCUCUUUAAAUCUUCCUAGCGUCCCUUCUACACAGCACUUGAAUCCUCAAGAUAUCCACGUCGCUUCGUUCUUUUCAAUUUAUAGACCCAUGUCCGUUACUACUUCAGUACCUCCUUCGUCAAGUCCAGAAUCCUUUGCAUCCAUUUUUUCUCCGAAAAAACAAGCGAAAUCUCGACACAACGACGUCAUUUAUACCAUUGCUUCUGCUGUGAAAGUAAUCGAGAGUGCAUUCCCGAAACCCCAGAAUUCCUCGGAAGGAAAUGACCUUCGGGCAGCUGUCACUCAGGCUUCCACGAGUAACUCAGACUCUGAAGUGACUCAUCUCGACGGCGUGCCGGCGCAGGACUUAAGGCUGUCGGUUCAAGAAUUUGCAAAGAGACUUAGACCAUUUAAUCCUCCCCCUCCGCCCGUUGCGAUGGAUGAGUCUCAACAGGCAAAUACAAUGGAGGCUGAAGUCGAAGCUGAAGCCGCAGAGACCGAGCAGAGUUAUUCGAGUGUACUCACAAUCCGCGAGUCUAACCACGCCGACGGCUCUAAAACCUACGAGGCGUACACUACGCCAUUCGUUCGCGUGGAUGAGAUGGAAGCACCGUCCGCAAUCGAGGCCGAAGUCAUGGACGAAAAGUACGGCCCCCAGUCCGCCAGAUUGCCAAGCCAUCUUUCUGAGAGAAUGCGAAUCCGACGACUGAGAUUGGAAGAAUAUAUGGAGAGAAAAAACCGAUCCAUGUAUGCCAUCAGCGUCAAGAGGCAGCGAAAGUUGAAGAUGAAAAAGCACAAAUAUAAAAAGCUCAUGCGAAAAACGAGAACGUUGAGACGCAAGCUUGAGAAGACGUGA